AUGGACUAUCAGAGCCAAUCAGGAUGUCCCGAACAAACGCACUGCAGCCUCUCUGAAGCAGCUGCCAACGAUAUACCUUACAGUGUGGAAGCAUCCAGGACAGAGAUGGUGGUCAACGGUCUGAGGCCAGGAGCCGAGUACAGUGUGACUCUCAAAGUCUUUCAGUUCUAUUUUGUGGUGUGUAUGGCUACCAAUGAAGCGUCCACAGUCCCUGCCACAUCGCAAAUAGUAGCUGGCCAGGCACUGUCGAGUACUUCAAUCAUGGUAAAGUGGACUAAGGUGUCCUCGGCGGAUCAAUACUACCUGCUGAUAUAUUCUCAGGCUGAUGGACAGAUGGUCAACCUGACCUACACCAACUUCUCUGCCGUGGUGGAAGGCUUGCAGCCCUCCACCAAUUACGACUGCUACAUUGUCACAGCCAACCAGGCCGGCCAUGGAAGCACAAGUAAAGUGAGGACCAUCACGACCUUGGUGCAGCCUCCUGCAGAAGUCACAGUAACACAGACCGGCCGCGGCACGGCGAGGGUGACAUGGCAGCCAGUGGAAGAUGUUCUGUUAUACCGAGUCAGCGUCCAGGACACUGAUGACCCCUCCAGCCCGCCGUCUGUGUACAACAUUACAGACACUCAAAUGGAUGUUCACGGCAUCCUCCCGUGUUCCACCUAUCUGAUAUCAGUGUCCUCAUUCAACAAGUUCCUGUUGCCGAGCGAGCCCACAGACUACACAUACACCACUAACAAGCUGAGACCAGUUUCAGCAGUUUCCGUGGACUACACCUGCGCCACUCACUCCGCCAUGGUGCAAUGGUCGGCUGUGUUUGGGGCUGACUCCUACAAGGCCACUGCGUUGGGCGACAAUGGCACGAUGCUGACGUGCACCAGCCAGAGCGACAGUUGUCAGAUCACUGGACUGAGCUGCGGCCAGAGCUACGUGGUGCAUGUGACACCCAUGUCAGAGAACUGCAAGAACAUGAUGAACACCACUUUGGCCACUUUUCAAACCGUUCCCUGUCCUCCAAAGAACCUGACGUUGUUGCGAGAUUGUUCCAGCGAAGUCAUUGUCUUCUCCUGGGAGCACACAAACAAUACAGACCACUACAUGGCCCGGGCAGUGGACUCUCAGGGAGUGGUCCAGGAGUGUCUGACUGAAGACAACUCCUGUUAUUUCACACACACAGUGUGUGGACGGCAUUAUUACUUCACGGUCUACGCCAUCACAGGACAGUGCAGAAGCCAGAUUAGCUCUACUGUUGACAUUCGAACAGCACCCUGCAUUCCUCAGAAUCUGCAAACUUCAGCCGACUGCAACUCAGAUGUUCUGCUCAGCAAGUGGGACCUCGCCGAGGGGGCUCUGCGCUACACUGUGGAGGCCUUCGGCAACAAGGGAAACAACAGCCGCUACAACUGCAGCUCCAUGUCCAACAGCUGCGCCAUAGAGGGGGUCCACUGUGGAGAGUUCCUGACCGUCUACAUCACAGCUUACGAUGACGAAUGUGCCAGCCCGAGGAACCUGGGGCCCGUGGCUCAGACAGUUCCAUGCGUUCCUCAGAAUAUAACAGCAGUGAAGGAAUGUGACGCCUCCUCCAUCACAAUGACAUGGUUAAUAUCCGGCAGUUCGCUUUUCUACGUCGCCAUGGCGAAGGACAGUAAUGGCGUCAUUCACAGCUGCAGCUCCAUGGAUCUGACGUGUAAGAUCAUGGGCUUGACGUGCAGCACCAACUACACAGCGUACGUCAUUGCCUCCAACUUCAUGUGCAACAGCUCGAAGAGCGAGAUGGUCACCAUAGAGACAGCUGCCUGCCCACCGAGUCACGUUACUACCUCCCUGGACUGUGCUGCCAAUGAGGCUCUGAUUUCGUGGCGUGGCCAGCCUGAGAUAAACUCCUUCACCGCCACCAUUGUGGAUGAAUAUCAAGGACUUCUCAGCUGCAGCUCCACCAAUACCACCUGCAGGGUACCUAACCUGAAAUGUGGCCAGCUCUACACUGUCACCGUCAGCCACCAUGAUGGCGUGUGCCCCAGCAUGCCCUCUGAGGCCUUCUACAUGGAGUCUGUUCCUUGUGGACCCAAAGUGGAUGCUGACUUAGACUGUCAGUCACAACUACUGACCCUCAGCUGGAACGCGUCAAAUAAUGUGGACGGCUAUGAAACUCUGGUCACAAGCGGGGACAAGGAAAUGUCCUACAUCACCACAGAGCCUGGCCUGAUGAUCUCCACACUGGAGUGUGGCCAAGAUUACACACUGAAAGUGAUGUCCUUCAACAGCACCUGCGUCAGUCGACCGACAGAGUUAUCUGUCAGGGAAACACCGUGUGUGCCCACUAAUGUCACGGCGAUGAAAAACUGUGGCCAGAGUUUUGCGAAAGUGACUUGGAGAGCAAGCCAUGGUGCCCUACGCUACCAAGUAACUGCAGUGGAUCAAGACGGAGAACACUUGCAGUGCUCUUCCAAUGUGACGUCAUGCAUGUUGGAGGGCCUCAUGUGCAGCCGGGUUUACAGAGUUGUGGUGACUGCCAUGGACGACACCUGCACCAGCAACGAGAGCUCUGUGGAGACACUACAGACAGCGCCCUGCCCUCCCUCUCAGCUCAACGCCUCUCUAAACUGUGCCGACAACUCUGCCAUGUUAACCUGGAGUAACAGCCCCAAUACAGUGUCCUACACUGGCAAAGCAGUGAGCGCAGAUGGACACAUUGUGACCUGCGACGCAGAAAUGAACCUCGGUUGCCAGUUGGAGGAUCUGGACUGUGGCACAGAGUACACCUUCACCGUGUCAGCCUCGGAUGGUGAAUGUGAAAGUCCUGAUAGCGAGCCAGUCAUCCAUACAACUGCCCCAUGUGCUGUGGAGUCGAUGCUCAACACCCUGAACUGUAGCACCAACGUACUGACCGUCAGCUGGGACUCUGCAUCUAUGCUAUUAAACUACAGUGUCACCGCCCUGGCCGGAGAUGGCACUGCACUCCGCUGCAUGACAGAGGAUUCAAGUUGUACGAUGACUAACUUAAAGUGUGGACAGCAGUACAAUGUGUCGAUCAAAGCCAUCAGCAGCACAUGUGAAGGACACAGCAGUGUUAUGGAGAUUGUUAAUUCUGUUCCCUGUGUUCCGAUGAACGUCCAAGGCAUGGUGGAGUGCUCCACUAACACGCUCCUGGCGUCCUGGGAUGCAGCUGCCGGCGCAGUGUCCUAUGUCUCCAUAUUGAAAGGAGCAGGAGGUUUUUCUUCAUCCUGCUCCACAUCUGAGCAGAAUUGCCUCUUCCCUGAUCUGCAGUGCGCUCAGAUGUAUAUGUUUAGUAUGGUGGCCAUGAACGACAGGUGUAACAGCUCUGAGAGUGCCAUGAUCUCAGCGACAACCGCACCCUGUGAUCCUACAAAUGUGACUGCUAACCUGCACUGCCUCUCGGGUGUGGUGACGGUAACUUGGGGGCCCAGUGCUGGGGCAAAUCAUUACACAGUCGUCGCUGAGGCCAGAGGACACACUGACUCCUGUGAUUCCAGCGGCAUGUCCUGUGAGCUGACCCAGCUGCAGUGUGGGGAGCACUACACUGUCACAGUGCUGGCAGGGGAUGGGAAAUGCAACAGCUCCAUACAUGCCAAAACUAAUAUUACAACAGCCCCCUGUGCUCCAGUGAUCAUGGACCACUCCUUGGACUGUGUUUCCAACCAUGCCAUGGUCACCUGGGUUAAGGAUGAGGACGCCAUGAACGUCACAGUCAGCGCAACUUCCAGCAGACACUCGACAUCCUGCAGUUCCUCCACUAACAGCAGCUGUGUCCUGGACGACCUGCACUGUGGAAACACCUACACUGUGCAGGCUGUUGCACGAGGAAUCCAGUGUGAUAGUGAACCCAGCUCCUCUUUUCAGAUUGUCACAGCGCCCUGUACCCCUGCAAACGUGGAGUACACAUACUCCUGUGAGACUGGCAUCGCCUUCCUGACUUGGGACGAGACUUUGGGAAGACAGAGUUUCUACGCCAAAGUCUACUCUGGAGACGAUAUGGCCUCCUGCAGCACCACUGACACCAACUGCCCCCUACCCUCACUGCUCUGUGGUCGCCUGUACAAGGUGGACGUGAUAGCUGUGGCUGACCACUGCAACAGCAGCGUGCCAGGGUCAACGAAAAUACAGACAGCCCCCUGUGCGCCCAUGAACGUCAGUGCCUCCCUGGUGUGUGACAACAACACGGCGGCGGUGAGCUGGGCACUCAGCCCGGGCUCUGUUUCCUACACGGUGACGGCACAAGGCAGAGACGGUGAUACCAAACAAUGCACCACAAACACCACGAGUUGUCUCCUACCCAACAUGCACUGCGCCCAGACCUACCUGAUCACUGUUACCCCCUUCUCUGAUCGCUGCCAGGGCUUCGACAGCUACACACACUCUUAUGUUGCAGGCCCCUGUCCUCCCACUGAUGUUCAUGUGUCCCUGCAGUGUGAUGGUAACGUGGGCCAUGUGACCUGGAACGCUGCCCUACAAGCAGAUCACUAUGUGGCUACAGCGAUACCAUUUGCCAUGGAGGAACACAAUUACACCUGCACUUCCAACGGAACGGACUGCACCCUCACAGACAUCCACUGUGGCGAGACGUCCGUAGUCACGGUGGUCACCGUAGAGAGGGGCUGCAUGAGCGAGCCCAGCAUGCCUUUUACUUUCCAGUCAGUCAUCUGCCCACCGAUGAAUGUGACUGGAGUGACAGCUUGCAACAACAAUGACAUCACAGUAAGCUGGGACCCGAGUCCUGAGAAUGGUGUUGACUAUUUUGUCCACUCAGAGGAAGAUGGUGGGGCGAGUGUCAGCCUCUCCACAACCCAGACCUCCCAUGUGCUCACCGGGCUGCAGUGUGGCGAGUUGUAUACACUGACAGUUGCUGCCAGGGACAAUGAGUGCACCAGUGUCCUCAGCAAGCCUAUGCAAACUGAAACAGCUCCGUGUCCUCCGACCAACCUGACUGCCAGAGCCGACUGUGGCACCAACAUGGGAACGCUAACCUGGGCACCAAGUACCUACGCUAUCUCCUACACAGCUACGGUGACUGGUACCCACGGCCAUGUAGUUUCUUGUUCAUCCAACACAACAACCUGCUCAGUGAAGCUGGAUUGUGGACACCAGUACACUGCAGUUGUGGUUGCUUCCAGUGCGACGUGCAACAGCAGCACAGGAGCAUCCUUAACUUUUGACUCAGCUCACUGUCUGCCUGACAGGGUGGAAGCAGACUUGGACUGCAAUGCCAACUCCUUUGCGGUGCAGUGGAGGGCGUUCAUCGGCGAUGUCGGCUCUUACUCUGCAAUUGCCAUUGGCAGCGACAACACCCGUGUUACCUGCGACUCCCCUAACACAAACUGUAACAUCGAGAACCUAAAAUGUGGCCUCACCUACAGCAUCGCCGUCACUUCAUCAUCAAUCGACUGUGGCACCAUUGAGGGCUCCGACUACAGCAUGCAGUCAGCACCCUGUAAACCAGAAGGGGUGAUGGUAGAUCUGCAGUGCAGCACUAACAUGGCAUUGGUGACCUGGGGAAACUCGGGGCCGGACCAGACCCAGAUGGUGACAGCAGUGGACAGCAGAGGGAUGACCACCACCUGCAACUCCAGCAGCUCCAACUGCACCUUCGACCAGCUGACCUGCGGGGAGAGCUACGUUAUCAGUGUGGUCGGUCACACAAAUUCAUGCAGCAGUGAACCAGCUGUUGCAAAUGUCAAAACAGCUCCCUGUGCUCCCACCCACCCCACUGCACGAGUGGACUGCGAGACUGGUAUCACCUUUGUGACGUGGGACUCAGCACUUGGUGCCACAUCUUACACCGUCUAUGCUCGGGGAAGUCUGGGCCACAACGAUGAAUGUAACAGCACGGACACCAACUGUAAUUUCCUCAACCUGGCGUGUGGGCAGGACUACAAUAUUUCAGUGGUGGCUCGUCAUGAGUCCUGCGUCAGUUUGGUCAGCGAGUCCAUCAGCGUCACCACAGGUCCUUGCCCUCACAGUGGUCUACAGGCUACUCUGGACUGUGACACCAACACAGCUGUUGUGCACUGGACUCCGGGCAGCGGCAUCCUCUACUACAACGCCUCAGCCGAUGCCUUUGACAUCGUACACCAGCAGACCUGCUCCACCAAUGGUUCCUCCUGCAACAUCACCUCUCUGCGUUGCGGGGAGAGCUACAGGGUGAGCGUCAGCGGACAGGGACAGAACUGCCCCAGUCCUGCCCAGGACUGGCACAGAAUCAACACAGCUCCCUGCCCUCCAACUCAGCUGAAGGUUGACUCCUCCUGUGAGUCAAACGACAUCUCGGUGUCAUGGCAGGCCUCACAGGGCUCCGUCUCCUACAUGGCUGCAGCUAUGGAUGCACAGGGUCGCUGGUGGUCCUGUAACACCACCAGCACCACCUGCCAGAUAUCUGGUCUGCUCUGUGGACAGCAGUACAAGGUUUAUGUUGCAGGUGUCGAUGAAAACUGCAUCGGAGCCAAGAGUGACGUUCAGGUGAUUCAUACUGCUCCGUGUGUGCCACAGAACAUACAAAACGACCUUGAAUGUCUGUCCGGUGUCCUCAACGUAACCUGGCAGUCGAUGGGUAACUAUUCCCAUUUCCGUGCCUCCGUGGUGAGCAGCAAAGGUCAUGUCAGCAUUUGCCAGACGAACAAGCAUCACUGCGUAGUGCGCAACAUGCAGUGUGGCCUGACCUACAACGUUACAGUGGUGGCCCAAGAUGAGGCCUGUAACAGCUCCCACAGCCCCAUAGAGCAGGUCCUUACAGCUCCCUGCCCUCUUCCUACCUUUCUCCCCGCUGUCAACUGUUCCACCGGUGUUGUGUCUGUAACCUGGAGCAACAGCGUGGCGGGGGUCGACUACAUGGUGUCAGCUGUUGACGCCGCGGGUUGGAAACACAACUGCAGCAGCAGAAACAGUGGUUGUGAUCUUAGCAUGCUGGAGUGUGGGACGGAGUACAACGUCACCAUCACACCAUCCAGGGACGGAUGUGUGGGCAGAGACAGCCCUACAAAAAUGAUCAAGACAGUUCCCUGCGUACCUCACCUGUCUGACGUGGAGAUCGACUGCCUGUUCAACUCGGCCUGGGUGAUGUAUAACGAGUCUGCCGGGGCUGAGGACUAUGUUGUCAUGGCGACAGACAGCCAGGGUGACAUGGUGACAUUUGAGUGCAACUCCACAUCAGACGGGAUGUGUGCCCUGCCGCCACUGGUAUGCAGCCAAAACCUCACCUUCACCCUCAAGGCCCGAGACCAACAGUGCUCCAGUGCACCCAGCAAUGCUGUCGCAGCCGAGACUGCUCCCUGUCCUCCUGAGGACAUAGAGAAAUCAGUGAGCUGCGACAACCGCACAGUCAGCAUUGCCUGGGCGGCCGUCCCUGGCGCAGUAACAUAUACGGCCACGCUGGAGCAGAUAAAUGGAGGCACUUCCUGCUGCACCACGUCAGACACUGGCUGUGACAUCACUGAUCUACCAUGUGGAGAAAUGUACAUUUUGUUUGUAAUGGCUGAGGGACGAACAUGCAACAGCACGCAGAGCGAAGGGGACAUUGUCAGGACAGUGCCAUGUGUUCCCCAGGACCUCAAAGCCAGCCUGAGCUGCAGGGACAAUGUGGCCUCCAUGACGUGGAACCAAAGCAGAGGAGGACAGCUUUACCGAGUGAGGGCUGUGGGAACUGAUGGCCACGUGGACGAGUGCAGCUCCCACGAGAACCACUGUGAUCUAACAGGUCUGCACUGUGGACAGCAUUACACGGCUACUGUGAUGGCAGAGGACCAAGACUGCCAGAGCAAACUGAGCGACAGUGUGACAAUCAGGACUGUGCCGUGCACACCUGAAAACGUGUCCGCUGUGGUGGAGUGUGAGGACAACACUCUGAAUGUGUCCUGGUCUGAGAGUUUAGGAGCUGACUCCUACAUCGCCACAGUGCAGGACAGCAAUGGUCGGACCACAACCUGCCAGGGCACGACUGAGGGCUCCUGCAGUAUCACAGGACUCGGCUGUGGUCAGAUCUACCAUGUGUCUGUGGUCUCCUCCGAUGGAUACUGCGACAGCCCACCCACUGAUGUGGUUGACACACCUUCAGUUCCCUGUAAACCGAGACAUAUUGAGGCAGUGAUGGACUGCCUCAUACAGAUGGCCACGGUAUCAUGGUACCCAAGUGAUGGAGCUCUGUUGUACAUGGUCAUGGCCACCACCGCGUCAGGCGACUCUGUCACCUCUACUCUGUCGCUGUGA